AUGACAACUACCAAUAACGGGGGUGAUUUGCAACAUUUAAAAGAGAAGAAGACAACAUCGUCAAAGGUAAAUAACAUUAUGAACGAGACAAACGAACCAUCGACAGUUCCAAAUGGUGAGGCAACAGCUGCCGCUACUAAUGGCCAGGAAACGACAGCCAAACCGAAAUCUUCGGACUCGACUUUAGAGCAAGAAUUUUUCUUCGGUCUAACCAUCGAUGACGCAGUCAAUUCAGCAGACAACCUUAUGGAGUUAUUCUACAAUGCAUGCAAAUACAGUCAUUUAGAACUCGUGAAAAGAUGUGUCGAACAAAAACAUAUCGAUGUCAAUGAACCCAUCAACAAUGAUUAUCCUUUAUGCAUUGCUUGUCACAAAGGUCAUAUUGAAAUCGUACGCUAUUUGCUUACUCAUGGAGCUGAUAUCCAUAUUAAACGCGAAAUGAACGUUUCAACAGCACGCGGAAAUCAGCGCUUAUCGCGCGCCAAUGUCAGUCAUGGUGACAGCGCGCUGACACUGGCAGUGAAAUAUGGUUUCGAAGAUAUCGCCAUUUUACUUGUCGAACAUGGUGCUGACAUAUUAAAUGAAAAUAGCGAGUUCGAGAAAUCUCCUUUACAGGAUGCCAUUCGUCUCAAUCGUCAUCGUAUUUUGAAUGUUUUUAUGGACAAAUUAAAGAAUACGCCAGCAACAUCAGGUUAUGAUGAAUCGUUAUUGUUACAAAAGAAAGGUGACAUUCUUCGACAAUGUCUUAUUAAUGAUCAAAUCGAUGCGUUACGCGUAUUUGUGCCCAAUGUUUGGGAAGAACUUAACAGUGAUUUUAUGUUGACUGUUUUGAAUAAUCUCAUGUUGAAAAACAAAAUUCAAUCCGACAAGGCAUUUGAUGUGUUAGAAACAAUUCUCGAUGCAAUUCCAACACCGAAAUUGAAAAUGUACGAUGUCGGUGACCUAUUGAAACGUUUUCUUCAUGUUUUACAAGCGCAAUUUUUAACAAUCAGUGACGAUCGUAUUCAAAUUCUCUAUUUACGCACAUCGCUUCUUUUUACUAUACUCAAAUAUCAUGAAACAGUCGAUUUUACAAACUAUUUGGAUCUACUAGAUAUCUAUUUUCGUGCAAUUCACAAUAGUGUUGAAAGUACAGGCGAAGGAAUCAAUCAAAUCUAUGAAUAUAUUGUUCGUUUCUAUGAAAAUCUCAUUUUAAUGGGUCAUUUGAUUCUUACAAAUAAUAGUGUUAUUUUACGUUUACUCGAAUGUGAACAUGUUCAACGAAUGCAACCUAUUGAUAUGUAUCUUUCAUGGCGUGCACGUAAUCCAUUUCUACUCAAAGAACGCUGUCGUCUUAUGAUUAAAAAUAUUCUACCAACGUACAAGCGAACGACAUUAGAGAAAUUGAACUUAAAUGAAGACACAUUUUUCUAUUUGUAUUAUCAACGAUAA